AUGGGAUUGAGGCGACACACCGAAAUUGACAGUAUUGGGCCCGCAUUCAGGCUGAUCUACCAAGUUGUCGAUCCGUGUACUAGCAGUGACAAGGGCGUUGAACGAGUGGGUACCCAGUAUAAGCUUGAUGGAAAUAUUGCUGCCUUCGGUUUGGCGCAUGGUGAAAAUUUCAAAAUCAUUCUGGCCUACAGACGGUACGGAUGUCGAUUGGAAAGUGGAACCAGUGGAGCUGCGUUUUUCUGCGUGGCUUUCAAUGUCAGGGUCAUGGCCAUAUACUUCUCAAUUAUUACUGAUCCGAUUAGUGCUCUUGCUGUGAUGAAACGUUGGCUUGGCUUGAUGUCAUGGUUGAGUAGUUCGAUCAUUUCCUUAGUCAAUUCAGUGCAGUGGCGUUUGGUUAAGUAUCGGGAAUAUGCUCCAAAUUCACCAAUGCUGUUGACUGUAUCGCGAGUUGGAAACAUUGUUUGA